AUGAGUUACAAGAAUGAAAUUGUAACUAGCGCCAAUUAUGUCACUAGACCAAAAGAAGGAUCUUUUCAUUUAGCAGAUCAUCAUGGUGUUACAGUAAAGACCAACCAAGGUAAUGAAUAUCUGAUUCACUCAACACCAGGCUCCGGUGUUGUUGUUACUGAUACCAAGCAUAUGUCUAAAAAUUGGAAUGUAGAUCAUUCAAUUCCAGUUAAAGGCGAAAAAACAGUUCAUGAUAUACAUAAAAGUUCAUCCGGAAGAACUACAAAUCCACUAAUAAACUAUAUGUCUUCAGGCACAUGUAUUAAUACAGCCAAAAAUGGUGAAAAAGCAUUAAAAAAAUAA